AUGCCCGCGCUGUCGCCGACCAUGUCGCAAGGCAACCUGGUGGCGUGGCAUGUCAAGGUGGGGCAGGAGGUGGCACCGGGAGACGUGCUGGCAGACGUAGAAACAGACAAGGCCACGCUCAGCUGGGAGAACCAGGACGAGGGCUUUGUGGCCAAGCUGCUGGUGCCCGAGGGCGCCAAGGACAUAGCGGUGGGCGCCCCCGUGGCGCUGCUUGUGGAGGAGGCGGAGCAGGUGGUGGCCUUCAAGGACUAUGCGCCCGGCGGCGCGCCAGCGGCGGCGGCGGCGGAGCAGCAGGCGCCCGCGGCUGCCGCGGGGACGGCCGCCCCCGGCGGCGCCCACCAUAGCGACCGCAUGGGCCCCGCGGCGCGCACGCUGCUGGCCGAGAGCGGCAUCCCUGCUGACCUCGUCACGCCCACGGGGCCGCACGGCAUCAUCACAAAGGGCGAUGUGCUGGCAGCCAUGGCAGCAGGCGUCAAGGCCGCGCCGCCCGCGGCCGCGCCGCGGCCGGCCCCCGCAGCAGCAGCAGCGCCUGCGGCGCGGCAGGCGGCGGCGGCCCAAAACGUGCCGCCCGCAGGCGCCGCCUACACCGAUGUCCCCAACAGCCAGAUCCGCAAGGUCAUCGCGCAGCGGCUGCUGGAGAGCAAGCAGACCAUCCCGCACCUCUACCUGAGCGCUGACGUGGACCUGGACGGUGUGGCGGCGCUGCGCGACUCCCUCAAGGCCCAGGGAGCCAAGGUGUCGGUCAACGACUGCGUGGUGCGGGCGGUGGCGCUGGCGCUGGCAGAGGUGCCCGCCGCCAACUCGCUGUGGGAUGCGGCGCAGGAGGCGGCGGUGCCGGCGGGGUCAGUGGACAUUGCCAUUGCGGUUGCCACCGACACCGGCCUCAUCACGCCCAUCAUCCGCGCAGCCGACACCAAGCCGCUGCCCCAGAUCGUGGCUGAGGUGCGCGAGCUGGCGGGGCGGGCGCGCGCCAACAAGCUGCGGCCUGAGGAGUUCCAGGGCGGCUCCUUCUCCAUCUCCAACCUGGGCAUGUUUGGCAUCGACAAGUUCUGCGCCAUUGUCAACCCGCCGCAGGCCUGCAUCAUGGCUGUGGGCGGCGCGCGCAAGGUGGCGGUGAUGAAGGACGGCCUGCCCGCCAGCAAGACGCAGAUGACCGUCACGCUGUCGGCCGACAACCGUGUGUAUGACGGCGAGGUGGCGGCGGCGUUCCUGGCGGCCUUCAGCCGCCACAUCAGCAACCCGUACCGCAUGUACGGCUGA